AUGAGUGGGGCCAAGGUCUUCUCCACCAUCGAUUUAACGUCAGGAUACCAUCAGAUGCGUAUGGAAGAGUCUUCUCGCAAGUACACGGCAAUUAGAACGCAUAACGAGUGGCUGGUUGCACCAAUGGGUCUGGCUGACAUGGGAGGCUCAAGCUUAAGACUGACGCGUAUGAUCUUUGCGAAGCCUGAAUUUCAAGACAUUUUUGUCGUCUACCUGGAUAAUAUUUGCGUCUUCAGCUCCAGAGUGGAAAUACAUUUCACGCACUUGCGCGUAGUGCUACAAGUGCUGAACCGUGAAAAACUUUAUUUACGCAAGGAGAAGUGCUCGUUCGUGCAAGACCGCAUCGAGUUCUUAGGACAUGUCGUGAGCGCUAACGGACUCGAUGUAGACUCCCGAAAGGUGGAAGCCAUCGUCCUCCGGCUGCUACCUCUGAGCGACAUUCUAAAAGAAUCAGUAACCUAA